GCUUGAGCUUUGGCAUCAUCUAGGUACCAUUAUCCUGAGGACAAUCCUACCUCGGUACAUUACCUAUAUGCGUUUAAUCACGCGUUGCUAACCUUAUGUUAUGGAUAUUAUCAGCUUUACUUCUAUACUCAAGUAGAGAAUCUGUUGCCAAUUAGCUGCUCUAUUUACCGCCUGAUCUUUUCUUGCUCUUUCUCUUCUCAGCUUACCCUACUCGGAACUUGUUAUGGGUAUAUGUAUAUCUACUAUAUCUACUCCCCAUAUACCCUUUGCUUAUGGUAAGAGUUCUGUGCAGAAGUCGACGCAAUGACCCAGGCUCUCGACGAACUUGCACCUGUUUUGUUCCUCGACGGAGGGUUAGGCACAUCACUUGAGGACAAGUACGGUGUCAAGUUUGAUGAAAACACCCCGUUAUGGUCGUCUCACCUUCUCAUUGACGAUCCCGAGACUCUCCGUGCGUGCCAAGCAGAUUUCGGCAGUAUUCCUGUCGAUAUAUUGCUCACGGCAACAUAUCAAGUAUCCAUCGAGGCCUUCUCACGAACCAAGACUGCUAGCUAUCCACAAGGCAUCCCCCGUGAUAAAAUUGUUCCUUUUCUAAAUCUUGCCGUUUCCAUUGCGGAGGAAGUUAAAGCGCCCAACGCCCAACUUUCUCUAAGCAUUGGGCCGUACGGAGCAACCAUGGUCCCAAGUCAAGAAUACAGUGGUGAAUAUGAUGCAGAACACGAUUCGAUAGACAAGCUUCUCGAUUGGCAUCGGGACCGCUUGUAUUUAUUCGACCGGAUCGAUCAUCUUACAUCCCGCAUUGGAUUUAUUGCAUUCGAAACUGUUCCUAGACUGGACGAGAUUAAGGCCAUCAGAAGGCUCUUCAAGAGCGCGCCGUCUGAUGUAAAUGAAUCCUCCCUUUUUUGCGGGGAUGUCUCGUUUUGGAUAUCUUGUGUCUUUCCCGGCGAAGGCUAUACUCUCCCCGACGGCAGUUCCGUUGAUCAAGUGGUCGAUGCUCUCUUGAACCCUGACUAUUCGGGUAUUGCCCCAUGGGGAAUUGGCAUCAACUGCACAAAGAUAGCGAAAGUCGCUGAGCUAGUUCGGCUGUACGAAAAUGCCGUUUCCAAGUUGGCAAGUGCUGGUAAAAUCAAGACCCGACCCAGCCUAAUUCUUUAUCCUGACGGAACCAACGGUGAAGUGUACGACACCACAACCAAGACUUGGCGUGCACCAAGUAGUCAGCCACUCCUUACUUCCUCAUGGGAACACCAAGUUGCUGACGUGGUCAUUCACGCUCGAAGUCAGCAGUGCUGGAAAUCCAUCGUGGUUGGCGGUUGUUGCAAGGCAAACCACAGUAACAUCAGGAGGCUUCGUUCCAUUAUUCGUGAUACAUGAUUAAUAUCAGUGAGGCCACUCACUAUCGAAGACCCUCGCCCGCCAUUUGGGCCAGGUUUCGCCGCGUACAUUGUGUUUAAGUUAAAUCAAGGUCCUUAACGAAUAGGUACUAUAAACAUCGGGAUCGCCUAUUUUCCACUCAAGGAAAAAGGAACAAAGCCGAUAGGGAAACUCAAUACAAUUUUGUGGCAACGGCUAUCCUCCCUUGACAUAUAUUAAAUAGUAUAUUAUUCGUAGUGUACGAACGAAAACGUCCCUGUGUGGAGUAUAGGUGAGACCAUCAAGACAGAUGCAGGCUCUUGUGCCAACGUUGUUUUCUUUUUUUCUUUUCGACGAACCGAUAUGAUACCUGAUCGCCACUAUCCAUAAUAGGAACUAGAAUCGCGAUCAAUACAUUCAACGUGGUUGCGUGGUGCUCAGCCAGGUAGGUACCUAACCCAAGGUAACUUGUGAAACAGCAUGUUUUCAGUAUCUCUUCUUUUUUUUUUUUUUUGUU